AUGUCCAUAACUUCUACAUCAGAUUCAAAAUCCUUAAGCCUUAAAGUAUUAGUAAUAACAUUCUGUCAAUACCUUAAUAAUCAAAAGGAUGAUCCAUCAUUUAUAAAUUGUAUUAGAAUAGGUGAUUUAGGAUUAAGUAAAUCUGCUAUUGAAGCUGACGAUAAUGAAACUUAUGGAAUUAUUCCUUAUAUGGCCCCAGAGAUUUUUCAAGGACAAAAAUAUACCACAGCAUCAGAUAUUUAUAGUUUUGGUAUGAUUAUGUGGGAGUGUAUGACAGGUAGAAGACCUUUUUGGGAUCGUGCUCAUGAUACUGAGCUGAUUCUUGAUAUUUGUGAUGGCUUACGUCCUCCAAUUGGUAAUAUCAACGCACCUGAAGGUUAUAUUGAGCUAAUGAAAGAAUGUUGGGACCCUGAUCAAAGUAAAAAGCUAGCUAGUGGCAUCAUUGGUAGAAUUUUAGACAUGCCUCGUGCGUGUUUGAUUUCUCGUGUACGACAAGAUUAA